GGCCCUCGCGGUGUGCGGUCUCAUCUUCGUGGCCAGCCUGCAGCUCCAGGCGCCAUCGCUCCUGGCACGUGGCGUGCCCUCCUUCCUGGACCCCAGCCUGGCGGCCGUGCUGCGGCGCAUGGCCCAGCAGGAGCAGCAGGAGGAGACCGCCAAGAAGUACCAGUCAAAGAUCGACGCGCUCACCGAGAAGGCGAGACCAGCUCCCAAGCCUCUGCAGGACCAAGUGUCGGAGCUCCAUCGUGAGAUCACGAAGCUGGACAGCAAGAUGGAAGCGGAACUGGCAAAGUACAACCGGUCGGUGGAGGGCGUUCGCAAGCAGGAGACGUACCUGCACGACCUGUCGCAGAAGUCCAAGGCGCUCAUCAAGCAGCACCGCACAUUGGCGGCGAAGCUCCACAGGGAGGUGGCCCCCAUUGUCAUCGAGGCUGACUCGGAGCCUGCGCCUGGGCCUGUGCUGUCGUUGCGAGACCUCGUGGCUGGCGAAGUGGCGGACAUCACCAUCGACGACGGCGGCCUCUUCAGCGACUUCCCAGGUGAACUCGAGCUGGAGCAGGCCGACAUCGACGAGGUCGAGAAGCGCCGUGCCAAGUUCAAGGGGCACAUCGCCGCCGCCGCCAAGCAGCUCUUCCAGGACGCUGUCGCGAAGGCGGAGGCGGUCAAGAAGGCCCUGAAGGUGGCCUUCCUGGAGGCGCAGCUCCACGGGACGGCCAAGGGGCUGACGGGCCACAUGCUGGAGAUCCUGCGGCCGCCGCAGCAGCGGCUGAGCAGCCUGGCGGAUCGCCCGACGCCGCCGCCGCUGGCCGAGUCAGGGGCGAGGUCGCUGCCAUUGCCCAACGUGCCCAGGCCCAGGCGGAACGGGGUGGUGGACUCCCUCAACAAGAAGCCUCCCCUGGCGGCA